AUGGCUAUAUUACGGCUAGUAAUGAAAUUAUCCGUGUGUAUGUUUGUGUGGAACAUCGGCAAUGUCGUGUAUGAAGCUCAGGGGAAGGGUAUGACCGGUCAUCACUAUACACCGCGUGCUGAAAAUGAUCACUCGCACAGCACAGAGCCUCCGUGCGACGUGUGUCCACGAAACGGAUUGUGUGUGCCGCACGUGCAGUGCCCCGCACAUGUGCGCGGCGGUGCAAAUAACCCACAAUGUCACUUAGAAGGAACGGAACAUGUCGGCGUGUGUUGUACUACUGGUAGGCGACAUGCAGCGGAAUCAGAUCGCAAGGUCAGAUCUUCAAUAAACGCAGAUGACGUGAAGGCAGUUCAUGAUCAAUCACAGCAACGCUUGGAAACCUUGCUGGCGCGAGCGGGUGCACAGAAGGACUUACACUACGCUACCGUGAACACGUCUGAUCCCAGUUACGGCCAUCAUUUGUCCGUGGUGACAUACGACAGCAGAGUUCAGACGUUGGGUCAAGGAGCCCUGCUCAAUUUGUUCGCUGCUGAGGAGUUCAAAGCAAGAAGCGUGAUAGCCGAUGAGGACUUAGAAUUCGAUUUUACUGAUCAUACAGGUGGCCCAUUUUGCCCUCCUCAACCGUUAUGUCCCAAUAAGCCAUUUCGUUAUAGAAAAGUAGGAGGUGAAUGCAACAAUCAAAAGAACCCAGACUGGGGUGCCAUUAAUACUGGCUACGAGAGGUUGCUGCCACCAGAUUAUAGCGAUGGUAUUUGGGAAAUGCGUAAAUCGGUAACCAAGCUGCCACUGCCUAGUGCAAGAUCAGUCAGUAGCGCAGUAAUCGCUGAAGGCAAUCGUCCCAGUGGUACCCUUAACAUGAUGUUCAUGCAGUUCGGGCAGUUUCUUACACACGAUAUUAGCACUGGUGUCGUGGUUACUUUGGAUAACGGUGAUCCAAUCUCCUGCUGUUUUGAAAAUGGGAAGCCACUUCCGAUUCAGUUACAACACUGGGCAUGCGCUCCAAUAGUCAUGGACCCAAAAGAUGUAUUUUACAGCCAGUUCGGAAUGCAAUGCCUUAAUUUCGUCAGAACACAGCUUGCACCGCGAAGUGACUGCACGGUUGGAUAUGCAAAGCAGAUGAAUGGCGCAACACACUACAUCGAUCUUUCACAUCUUUAUGGUAACGAAGAAGAGAAAUUACUUUCCUUACGCGCUCCUGGAGGACAACUCAAGACGUUCAGAGACUUCGGAAGAGAACUACCGCCGUUGACUAAAAGAAGAGAGUGCCUAAAUUUGCACGAAGGAGCUGCCUGUUUUGACUCAGGGGAUCAUCACGGAAAUCAAAUAAUAUCACUGACAGUCCUUCAAACGAUCUGGACAAGAGAACACAACAGGAUAGCACGAGUUCUUUCGAAAACAAAUCCUACUUGGGACGACAUCAGGGUAUUUUUCGAAACAAGAAGAAUAUUGCAGGCGGAGUACCAGCACAUCGUUUACAGCGAAUAUCUUCCGUUACUACUAGGUCCUAAAAUUAUGAUGAUGUUCGGGCUGCUACCUACUCCAGGUUAUUCUUCUUCAUACGAUCCCAAUGUUAACCCAUCAUUGACCGCGGAGUUCGCGAGUGCGGCGAUGAGGUUCGGACACUCCACUGUCGACGGCCAACUGACAGUCCUUAGUCCCAAACAUAAAAGAAUAUACGAGUCAAUAUUUAUACCAGAAGUCAUGUUCCAGCCUUCGAGGUUGCGUUUAAAGCCUUUCUUAGACAGAUUGCUCAUUGGUAUGUCCUGGCAGCCUAUGCAGUCGGUUGACCCAUUUGUUAGUGAAUCUCUAUCACGCUACAUGUUCCAUGGCGGGAAUCCGUUUGGUCUAGACCUCGCAGCCAUCAACAUCCAACGCGGCAGAGACUAUGGCAUUCGUUCAUACAACGCGUACAGAAAGUUGAUUGGACUCGCACCAUUCACUCAUUUUCAGCAAUUCCCUCAAAAUGUUGCCCAAAGAUUAUCCUCAGUAUAUGCAAGUCCUGAAGAUAUAGACCUAUGGGUGGGAGGACUGCUUGAAGAGCCAGUGGAAGGUGGAGUGGUUGGUCCGACGUUUGCGAACAUUAUAGCCGAGCAGUUUGCGCGUUUGAAGAACGGAGAUCGUUAUUUCUAUGAUAAUGGACCUGAUGUCAAUCCGGGAGCAUUAACACCAAGUCAACUAACGGAGGUGAAAAAGGUGACUCUAUCAAGGAUAAUAUGUGACAACAACGAUGGAAUCGAACUAUUGUUACAUACACCGAACGCAUUUAUGCGAUCCGAUUUAACAUGGAACGAGCCAGUGUCGUGCGACAGUCCAGCAAUACCGAAGAUGGAUUUGAGUGCAUUUAUAGAAAUUUAA